UUUUGUCAACCGUUUCAUAUCUGAUGUGUUGGGACCAAUAAUUUUUAUUUAAUUGAGGAACCGGAAUUCACAUCGUUGGUGUUUAAUUGAGCUAUACUGAUUUAAAUCGUGUGCAGUUGAUCGAUUGGGAAUCAAUUUAAUCAUUCGCAAUGCCAGCAAUUCAGGGAACAACAGAACAUGCCCCAGAUGAUGAUGAUGAUGAUGGUAGGGUACCAGUAGAAGAUGAGAUGACAGCUAUGGAGGCAACAUUUACUGGUGAAAAUGGGGGAAACCCACAUUAUACUGCAGAGUUAGAUGAAGAAAAUGGGUUUGAAGAGUAUGAUAAAGUUGUUGAAGAUGAUGUUGUUGAUCAUGGAUUAGUGGAGGAAGAAAACGAAGGCGAUGAUCAGGAUAAUGAAGAAAAAACAGAUGUAGAUAAUGAUGUAGUUAAUGAAGAAGAGAGUGGCAAUAAUGAAAAAACAGAUGAAGACGCUGGUAUAGAAAAUGAAGAAAAUGCUGAUGUAAAUAUAGAAAAUAAUGAUGAGGACCAAGCAGAUUUCAAAAACACUCCAGUGGUGUUUGUUAUUGGUGGGCCAGGGAGUGGGAAAGGCACCCAGUGUGAGAAGAUUGUGAAAAAGUAUGGCUUUACUCACCUGUCUUCUGGUGACCUGCUGAGAGAAGAGGUGGCUUCUGGGUCAGAGAGGGGCCACAAGCUGACAGAGAUCAUGGAGAAAGGAGAACUGGUCCCUCUGGAAGUGGUGCUGGGAUUGAUGAAGGAGGCCAUGCAAGCCAAAGCUGCCACUAGCAAAGGUUUUCUCAUAGAUGGGUACCCCAGAGAACUCGAGCAAGGGUUGAGAUUUGAAAAGGAGGUGGCGCCGGCAUCAUUUGUUCUGUGUUUUGAUGUGUCUGAUGAAACGAUGACCAAACGCCUCCUUGGCAGAGCUCUGACCAGUGGUCGUGUUGACGAUAACGAGGAGACAAUUAAAAAGAGAUUGAAAACCUUCCAUGACGUCACACAACCUGUAAUUGACCAUUACAGCAAAAAAGGCAGGGUCAAGAUGAUUGAAGCAGAACACUCAGCAGACGAAGUGUUUGAAAUGGUGGAUAAAGCUUUUGCUGCUGAAAAUAUCAAGCCAUCAGCAGAUUGCUUUGGAAAUGUAAUCUUUGUUAUUGGAGGCCCUGGAAGUGGCAAGGGCACUCAGUGUGAUCUGAUUGUCAAGAAAUAUGGCUACACCCACCUGUCGUCUGGUGAUCUUCUGAGAGCAGAAGUGGAGUCAGGUUCAGAGAGAGGCCAACAGCUGACAGAAAUAAUGAAACAGGGGAAACUCGUCUCAUUAGAUACAGUUCUUGAACUUCUCAAAGAAGCCAUGCUUAAAAAAGUGGCUUCAAGCAAAGGAUUUUUAAUUGAUGGAUAUCCACGUGAGCUAGAGCAAGGGAAACGAUUUGAGCAAGAGAUAUGUGCUCCACAAUUUGUUUUGUAUUUUGAUGUGUCAGACGAGACAAUGACCAAACGUCUGCUUGGUCGCGCAGAAACAAGUGGCCGAGCUGAUGACAAUGCAGAAACUAUCAAAAAGAGGCUGGACACUUUUCAUGAUGUCACCAGGCCUGUUAUUGACCACUACACAAACCAGCAAAAAGUGAAACGUGUAGUGGCUGAAGGUGAAAAAGACGAAGUAUUUGCUCAAGUUGAAAAAAUAUUUGAUGAAGCUAUUGCAAAUGAAGCUGCACUGAAGAAAGCAAAAAUAGUUUUUGUUAUUGGUGGGCCUGGCAGUGGCAAGGGGACGCAAUGUGCCAAUAUUGUCAAAGACUACGGCUUUUGUCACCUUUCAUCUGGGGAUCUUCUUCGAGAUGAAGUCAAGUCGGGAUCUGAAAGGGGGAACAGGUUAAAUGCUAUCAUGGAAAAAGGAGAUCUUGUCCCAUUGGAAGAAGUACUUGGGUUAUUGAGAGACGCCAUCAUCAGCAACAUCAGCAAGACUGGUUGUUUCCUUAUUGACGGCUACCCCAGGGAGUUGGAUCAGGGAGUCAAGUUUGAAAAAGAGAUUGCUCAGUGUAGCUAUGUCCUUUACUUUGAUGUGUCUGAUAAAACAAUGACCGCUCGUUUGUUGGAGAGAGGGAAGAACAGUGGAAGAGUAGAUGACAACGAAGAAACGAUCAAGAAACGAUUACAAACUUUUCAUAAUCAAACCAAACCUGUCAUUGAGCAUUAUAAAAAACAAGGCAAAGUGCAGCAGAUAUCUGCUGAAAAAGGUAUUGAUGAGGUCUAUGUUGAAGUCAAGAAAUUCAUGGACUCCAAAAAGUGGUAAUACAUUACCAACUGUUGGAAAGUGCAAUGCUUAUAAAUGUGAUGGAUGGCAUACUAAUUUUUACCCUUUCAACCUAUAAAAGUAGAAAUUUUAUUUGUAUGAUUUUCUUAAUUUUCACAUAAUAGACAAUUUGUAAUUUAACCCUGGCAGAAAGUUUAUACAUUUUUUUUUUAUACGUGCUGUGUUACCUGUGAUAUAUUUAUUCCGGAAAAUUAAAUAUGUGGCCAAAUUGGCUGUAAAUAAUGUCAAUCAAACUAAAAAGUAUUGACAUUUAGGUUUUUAUAUUAACUUUGUUUAUUAAACUUUUUUUUUGUUAAUACAUUAUGUAAUCGACAACUUAGGUUAUAAAUUUGCAACCAUUGUGUAACUGCCUUAUUUUAGGUUGACAUUUGAGAUAUAAGCUGUUUAGAGUUUUUCUCAUUUGUAUCAGUAGUCCAACUAAACUGAGCAGAAUAGGUGUGCAAUGCCAUUCAAAUAUCUAAUAAAACUGAAGGCAGCCAUUUUUUUUUGUAAAUCACUAACAUUUACAGCCGAUUUAUUUUAUUUUAUCCUCUAGUGUUGCAUUUUCUGCUCCUAGUUUUGUUAAUGCAUAUGUAUAAUAGUUUUAGUGACUGGUGGGAAAUCUAAAUCACAUUUAAAAAGUGUUUGUAGAUGUUUUUUUUAAUUACUUUUCAAUUAGAACAUAAACUUUUCCACUAUUUGUAUCUCUAUCUUGUAAAUAUUCAAACUAUUCAUUGCUCAAAUCAGAACUUCAUUUUAGUGUUUAAAUAAAUGUGUGAGAAAUAAUUUCUGUUUUAAAGUUCUCUGCCAAAUUGCAUGUUAAAAGUUUUUUUAUUCCCUGUAAAGUGUAUUUAUCAGAUCUCAUUGGUGUUACUGUUGAUAGAGUGAGCUUCCUGGCAUAUUUCUGAUAGUGACAAUCUACCAUAACCUGUGAUAUUUACCCUUUUGGAUUGUGUACAUCUUCUGUAAUAGUUUUAACUUUUAUGAAAAUUAAGGUGUUUCUAGCAACAUGCCUAAUUUAUUAAUGAAUCUAAAUGAUUUAUUGUUAUCUCUUUAUUUUACUUACAUAUUAAGUCUAAUUAACUCAAUAUAAAAAUGUACAAAAUCACAAAUACUCUGCUCACUUUUCAGCACUUUUCCUGUAAUGUCUACUAUUAUUCACAACUUGUGUUUUUAAACUUCCGUCUUACAAAAUUUUCUUUUCAUUUUGUCUGUGAACAGAAGGGUUUAAUUAUUUAGUUAAACGACAGGAAAGAUAUUUCACCUGAAUUUGUCCUUUCCCAAGUUAUUUCAUUUUCAAUUGGUUAAAUUUGGUACCAAAUGUUUAGUCUAGUGAACAUACUGCCAGACUUUAAUUUUUAGUUUUCUUUAAAUAUAGAAAGUAUUUUGAUUUAAAUUUUUGUAAAACUUUUUAUUCUGUGUACUAACAGUGUCUUGAAAUUUUGUCUUCAUGUAAAAAAAAACUUCCCACUUAAAAAACAACUCAUCUUUAAGGCUAUUUUGGCAUUUUACUUACACUGCUAUACUCUAUACUUACUACUAAUAGUUUGAACUCCUAUUCAAAUCUAGAGUUCAGUACUGACAGGUAAAUUAUUUUAUUUAUAUUUUUUACUGUAUUAACCAAGUGCCAUAUUAAAAACAAUACUGUUACAAAUGUCUGUAGAUUCUCAACUGUCCAGAUUUUAUCAGUAUUAUUCCUGUGAUUUACUCUGAGUUGAUGACUAGGUUAUAUACAAAAUUUAAUAAGUUAGUCAUUCUUAGUUUUUAUUUAACCAGUUGUGUGGGUGACUGCAUUGAGAUUAUUUUUGUGGAGAUACAAUUCAAUACAUUAAAGAAACAAUGCAAGUU